AAAAAAAAACAAAAGAAAUGAUGAAUGAAAAAAAAUAGAUGAAUAAAUAAGAAUGAAAAGAAGAAGAAGAAAAUAAUGGAAAAAUGAAAAGAAAAGAAAAAUAUGAAUGAAAAAAUUGGUAGAAAAAAUGGAAGAAGAAAAAAAAAGAAAAAAAAGCUCAUAUGUGUGAAAAAAGAAAAAUAAUGGAAGGAGAAAAUAAUAAAUACAAAAAUGAAUAAAAAAUAGAAUGAAAAAAACUGAAAAAAUAUGAAAAAAAAUACAAAUGAAAGAAAAAAAAUAGAUAAAUGAAUAAAAAUGAAAAAAAAAAAAGAAGAAUGCAAAAAUUGAAAGAAAAAAAGAUGAAGGAAAAAAUUGGUAGAAAAAAAAAAGGAAAAAGGAAAAAAUGGAAGAAAAAACAAAUUAGGAAAAAAAAUAAUAAAAAAUAAGGGAAAAAAUAAAAAAAAUAAAAAUCAAAUUACAUUCAAAAUCAAAUAAAACAUAACUAUGAUAAAAAAAAAAAAGACAUUUCCAUAUUUUAGUUAGCUACUAAUUGUGUUUUCCAUACUUUAAUUUUUUUUCUAAUAAAUUUCUCAUACAAAUUAAGAAAAAUAUAACUCCAUAUUUUUGCACAUUGAUAGCAUAAAAGUCAUAUUUUUUUAAAAUUCCCUAUAUUUUUUUUAAAUAAAAUUUUUCAUUGCCACAAAAACAUGGAUUUAUCCUUUUCUUUUUAAAGUCUACAAAAUAAAAGAGUAAGAAUUCGAGAUCAUAUUACAAAAUAUGGGCCUGUCGAAAUAUGGGCCGGGGUCUAUCUUUUUCGGGCUUUCUGGUCUGGCUACAGCUGUGCAUGCAUAUAUAUCUUGUGUAUGCUUCAAAAGAUCCAGAAAGAAACUGUAAGAAAAAAAAAGAAGAAAAGAUCGAGACAGAGGUAGAAACUGAGAAAGCAACGCAAGAAAAUGAAGGGACAACGCAAGAAAAUGCUGCAAAGAAACUACUGGCAAAUGAGGGGAAGAAUGUACUGGCAACACAGUAGGGAACUUCGAGAUGUUGGCCAUAAAAUAACAUUGUUGGACAACCUUUUGGAUGAGACAAUCAACGAGGUUAAUGCAUUACAACCUGAGUCAGAUGUGAUACUACAUUGCAUCAAAGAAGCCCUUUAUAGACUGAGAAGGAAGGUUCGAAACUUGAAGAACAGAAGAACUAGCCUCAGCAGGGAUCACUGUAUUGUUGUCACUGUGAGAUUGAGAUUGGACUCUCUGAAGGAGUCCUAUGAAGAGACUUUGAGGAAAGUUCAAGAUUUGAGGACUUUUCUUGGUGAAGUUGAAACUGUUCCUUGUUUCGCAGGAGAUCUAAGAUCAUACAUUCAGGAGUUAGAUGAGUAUAUUCAUAGCAGAAAUUAUGAGAAUCAAGUCUUAGAAGGCUGUGGAUUGACUUCUAUUUGGGGUCUGCAAGCUGAGAAGGAAUUGAGCAAGGUACAGGCAUUAUCAAUUGAGCUUUCUGACUUGAUGAUUUCUCUCGGUCUAAUGUGUGGAGGAGAGUAUUGGAUAGUAAUGAAAGAGGUGAUCCCACACAUCAAGCUCACUGAUAACAGUGAAAUGGUAAGGAGAAACUUAUCCUUCAUUAAUUCUGCUGCGUUAAUUGUUGGAAAAGAGACUUCUAAAUGCAUCUGGGGGAGGAGGAAUAGGAAUACUCUUCUUGAUCUAUUUUUCAAGGCUUUUCUCACUCUGGAACUGUGCUUGCAUCUGGCAAGCUAACCAAGCUCCCCAAGAGCUACCAUUCAUUGUGGAAGUAUUUUAAAAUGCUUUGAGCCGCAGCUGAAGAAACUCAGAAGGAAGAUAACAAAGGUCCAAAGUACUAAUUUUGUUGGAGAUGAGAAGAUUUCUCAAAUCAAGCAGACGUUGCAUUUGGAGAUCGAAAACACAUGGAGCCAAGUCUAUGGCUAGCUCUCUGAAAGGUAUAUACCCAGAUUUCCUGCAAUUUUUUUUGGGGGAUUUACUUUGGAAAUUGCAGAGAAAUAUAGGCAAUGGAUGAGUACUCUCUUUCUUUCAAGUUGUGUGCUUUAUUACGUACAGACAGUCCCAAGGAAAAUGAGUUAGAAUAAUGAUACAUACCUACUAACCAAAAGAGUUUAAAAAAAUUUUGCUAGGAAAAAGAAACUGAAGGUAGAUAAUCGAAAUUUGUAGAUACUACAGUGAUGUUGGAAUUGAAGUAUACUUGUUUCUAAUAUUUCUUUGUUGGAUGAAUAUGAUUGUGAAUGAAGUUCUUUUCUAAUAUUCUUCAAAAAAAAAAAAAAAGAAGCAAAUUUAUGUUUUCAUUUCAAUAUGCCUGGUUGAAAAUGAAGACGUGUAGGGUUAAAUUACUAUAUUGAGACAGUUUGAUAGAUUUGAG